AUGGCCUCUCCUCCUCCUUCACACGCCCCGACACCCCCUCCAGUGCCUUUUGCUAGUUCUCCUAAUAGCUGCCCAUCCAACAGUUCCUUUGGUUAUCCUCUUUCAAAGGAAGCCGGACCCGGACAGUACCCUGUAACCAUCCAGGCCUCAUUCUUACCGUCAGUCUCACACUCGGCUGAUUUUUUUCUGGAGACCAGAAUAUGUCCGGCCAAGAACGGCAUCGCGGUGUCUCUCUGUCUUGUGGAUUGUAGCAGUGUUCCCUCGUCCCAGCUGGCCAGGGACAAAGUCACUGAGACCGAGCCAAAGCCAGUUGGCUGGUUAUCAGAGAAGCCCUGCACCCCGUGCAUGACCAGGAGACAAGGGAAAACGUUUUCCAGGACUCAGGAUUUCAAGUGUCAGCAUCAAGAAUCCUACAAAGCCGCACUAAAAAACCCACUGGAGAAGGCUAGAACGCAGUUGUUAGGUGUUUUGCCAGAGGAUGGUGGAAUCAAUAACAGGAAACCUACAGAGACUCAAGGACAGCUUGACCAAAGACUUUAUUACGAAUCUGGGAUGCGAAACAUGUCCAAUGCCAGUGGAAACAUCAUCAAAGAGUCAGGAGAAACGCACACCGUUCCAUGUUGGAGACACACAGGAGACACAAACCCAACUGUCUGUACGUCCUUCAACCCUGGACAGUUUGAAGGAAAAUCAGAAGUCGUACCUCACAGGACUACCGCCCCUUUCCGAGAAUCAAUUGAUGCCAAAUGUUACAUCCCUUUACAAAAUGGGAGUGGAACAAAAUCUGAUGACACCCACGAGACAAAUGCACCUUUCCAAAGCCUUUCAUACAGUUCUGCCAAAGUCCCCAAACCUUGUGAAGAACCACUAAGCAGACUCACUCCCACUGCAGCCAAGAACAAACGGGAACCCCAGGGAAGAUGUUCCUCCCUUUCCACAACCGUGGUGGACACGUCAGAGAAGUGCCAGUUGGUUCUUGUUGAGGGUCAGAAAGUGAGGAGGGGCGUUGGUGCUGACCCAUGUGCAGAUGUUCCUCAGCUCCACGUGGUCAAGUGUAAGAAAAGCACAGCUUUUGGAUUAGUCUCACCAAAGAUCAACAGGAUGACGACGGCCAUUACAGAUGGAUCUCCAAAUGGUAGAAAGAUGGAGAGUUCCUUACCGGACACUCUAAAGAAUGCUCUUCCAUCCUCUGUUCAUCUGCAUCCCAGACCAGACCUCCUUCCUCACCCGCUCUAUCAAGGAGUGGCAGCGCUCACAGGAGGCAGAGACCGAACCGGCAGGUCAGUCAUUGAGCUUUAUGGAGCCCACCAAGGAUGGAGAUCCAUCAUGAGCAGCCAGGAGCUCUUGGAGAUGCUGCUCUACUUCCAUGCCAUCGUCAGGAGGGAGCUGAGAGAAGCUGGGAUGACUCUGAUCUUUGAUGCAAGGAAGUCAAGUCCUUCACCGCAGCUUUACAAGGCCUUGGUGAUGCUGCAGGAAGUCGCUCCUCAGGCAGUCAACACUUUGGUGCUUCUGGUGGACAAAGAAAUAAGUCCACAGCCAGAGAAGUGCCCCACCAUCCAGACUGAGGUGGUGACGUCCCUGAGAGCCUUGAUGAAGCUGGUGGAGGACUCUCAGAGAACUUCCUAUCUGGACGGACGUCUGAGCUACAAGCACUGUGAUUGGCUGCAGCUGCACCAGAAACUCUUUCCAUUUGCGUGUGAUCUUCAUGAGGCGUCAGCACUGCUGCUGAGAGCCAUCGCCCACCUCCAAGCUCCUGGCAGGACCGACUGUGUUCAGACGGUCCAGCAGCGCUUGGAGGAGCAGGUAUCGCUGAUGCGGGAUGUGCUGGAGGACACACGAUUGGUCAGCCUGCAGAGGGAGGGCGGAGCUACCCUGGCCAGGCUGAGGAAGGAAGGUGAUCUCAGGUACCCAGACUGUGAAGACCUCAGUGAUGCGCUUCAUUCGCUGAGCAGCCUGUACGACCUCAUGGAGGAGCAGGUCCACGUCCUGGUCCACAACUCCAACAUGUCUCUGGAACAUCUGCACUAUUUGCUGAGGCUUCGACAGCUGGAGGGACAUUUCACAGAGAUGCAAGACUGGCUUGAUGAGGAAGGAGAGCGCCACCUGCAGGAAGUAGAAUCAGUGCAGGACUGUGGAGGAGAAGAUGAAGACAUCUUCACUGCCUUUCUUCUUCAGGCUCAUGUGAGGCCUGCCUUCUUCCUGUCCUCAUGGCAGGGACACCUGAAGCCUUGUGCCAUACCCAAGUCCUCACCUGUGUCCUCACCUGUGUCCCACCUGUGUCCCCACCUGUGUCCCCACAUGUGUCCUCACCUUUGUCCUCACCUGUGUCCCCACCUGUGUCCUCACAUGUGUCCCCACCUGUGUCCUCACCUGUGUCCUCACAUGUGUCCCCACCUGUGUCCUCACGUGUCCCCACCUGUGUCUUCACCUGUGUCCUCAUAUGUGUCCCCACCUGUGUCCUCAUCUGUGUCCCCACCUGAGUCCUCACCUGUGUCCUCACAUGUGUCCCCACCUGUGUCCCCACCUGUGUCCCCACCUGACCGAAGGCAGCAUGCCAUGUCAGUGGUUGAAGAGGCUGAGCGUCUCCUGCAAGAGGGUGUGUCUUACCCAGAAACAAAGACCUUCUGCAGCCUAGUGGCCACCUUCAGGACUCACCUGGACCACUUCCUGAGCAGAGUGGAGAAGUGCGGCAGGGAUCUGCAGGUCUUGGCCAAUGUGGGCCAUUUCUGUCAACAGGCUUCAGCACUGGCCCUUCAAUGCACUGAGUAUCUGAAUCGGAACCAUUCCAGGACCCCCAAAAGCCAGGACUAUGGUCAAAGUCCAUCAUCUGUCAACCAAAACCCGAUGCUCCUGCCCGUCCGGACCAACAAGUUCUCAUCAGACUUUGACAUGUCCACGCUCCAAGUAUUCCGGGACAAGUUCCUCCAAUUCAGCUUGGACAAAUUUGAGGCGGUGCGAGCCCAAGCCAGUACUCUGCGGGGCUUCAGAGGGAUGAGGGUGUGGACCGAGGCACGGCUGAGGUGCCAGGAGGCCCGGCAGCUGCUUGAGGAGAAAAUGCAGGGUCCUACAGACCAGGUCUGGAACAGGAAGCCACAAUGUAGAAGCUGUUGUGCCAGUCACUAUGUGGACCUGGUUCACACAGCACCACCUAGUGGUCUGGUGGUCCAGUCCAGUGCUGGACCACGGCACCUGCACUGGGAGGGGAUUGUGGACUCAGGGAAUACAAGACCAACCCUGGAAAACUGCGGCACAGCUGAAGCUCACAUGGUCGUCCAAUCUGGAAAACAAGGCGGCAGAUCCAAGGUCACGUCGCAGUCCAGGUCAGAGAGGAAAGGCGAGCGAGAGAGCAAGCGAAGGCGUGCGAGAACCGAGCGUGACGCCGCCGCUCUCUCUCAGUCUCACAUGAUGGGCUGCCAGUGGUUCUCAUGGGGCCUCGGAACCAAGUCCCAGUCCCAGGUCCAGGUGUCCGACGAGUCUUCCACGCCUCCGCCAUCGUGGUCUUGCAGCUCUUGCCACAGUCCGCCAUCUUGUGAAACCCUCCAGGAGACUGAGAAGUUUCACAUUUCCCCCCAGGGUCCACCAUCUUGUUUGACCCUCCAGGAGGCUGAGAAGUUUCACCUCUCCCCCCAGGGUCCACCAUCUUGUGGGACCCCCCAGGAGGCUGAGAGGUUUCACAUCUCCCCCGAGGAGAGCUUCUGCUCCCAGGGAUGUGUGGAAGGGGGCGGGGCUUAUCCCUGCAAAGACUCAAGUGGGAGGAGUCAAGGAAGGUUUAGUUUGGAGGAAAACAGCAACAAUAUUUUGAGGCGUGGCCGAGUGCUGAAGGAGCUUCUGUGCACGGAGCGUGAGUAUGUGCGUUCCUUGGACUACGUGCUGACUCACUACCUGCCCCUGCUGGACAGGCCCCAAGUCCCCCAGGACCUCAGGGGCCAGCGAGGCGUGGUCUUCGGGAACCUGCAGAAGCUCCACCACUUCCACGCCCGCCACUUCCUGCCCGAGCUGGAGGCCUGCCAGGGCCAGGCGGCCAUGGUGGCCAGAUGUUUCCUGCGACACAGGGAGAGUUUUCAUCUCUACGCUCUCUACAGCAGGAACAAACCCCGCUCGGAUGCCCUCAUCCUCCGUGCAGGCCAGGACAUCUUCAAGAAGAAGCAGCAGGAUCUGGGAGACAUGAUGGACUUGUCUUCUUACCUGCUGAGACCGGUCCAGAGGAUCAGCAAGUACAGUCUGCUCCUGCAGGACCUGCUGGCUCUCACACAGCAGAUGACCCAACAUGAGAAAGAGCGAGCCGACAUCCAGGCCGCCGCCCACCUGGUGGUCUUUCAGAUGCGUCACGCCAACGACCUGCUGACCAUGGACGCAAUCCAGGACUGUGAAGUGGACCUGAUGGAGCAAGGUGAGCUCCUUCGCCAGGACCACUUCAGCAUUUUCUUCCGCAAGAAGAAACUCCUGCGCCACGUCUUCCUCUUCCAGCAUCUCAUGGUCUUCACCAAGACCAAAAAGACCCCCCAGGGAGACCAGGUCUACGUCUACAAACAAUCUUUAAAGACCGGAGACAUCGGGAUGACUCACAACGCCGGCGUCAGCGGACUGUCCUUUGAGAUCUGGUUCCGCAGAAGGAAGACCGAGGACACGUACACUCUGCAGGCCGGCAGCUUGGAGGCCAAGAGAGCUUGGACCUCGGACCUGGAGAAGCUUCUGUGGGACCAAGCGACUCACAGCCGAGAGCUGAGGUUCCAGGAGACACAGUCCAUGGGCCUGGACCACAGAACCUUCAUGGACAUUCAACCCGCUGAUGGCGCUAUCUGCCACCGUGACGUCCUUCCUGGUACAGUCCCUACAGAGUGUGCUCGACCUCCCUCUGUUGGCUCCCCCUCCACCACCAUGAGCCAAUCGUCUUCCUCGUCAGGCCGUGGCUCUCUGUCACCUCACAGGUCCCGCAGGGCGGAGGUGGGUCUGGCCGGCGACCCGGACCAGGAGGUGGACUCUGGUGACCUUCAUGGCGACUGCCAAGACCAAAGAACGGUCCUGGGUCCGGCGACUGUGCCGGACGUGGACCACUGGUCAGAGGAGAGCGCCAGGGUCUUCCUCAGAGACUCGGACCGUAGCUUCCUGUCGGCCCUCGUGGGCCCGGUGCUGGACUCCUCCUCCUCACACGGCGCCACCUGCUCCAAGCCCCGCCCAUCUCUGCCACCCACCAGGAAGAAGCCCCCCGUCACACCCAAGCCUGCACACCUGACCAGUGCUCAGAAAGAUGCGUCCACAGGGAAAUCCACAGAAGUGUGAGGGAGGAUUGACAGACAAGAGUGGAUGAAAUCAACUUUCAACUUACACAUCUUCAACAAGAACCUUCAUUGGAUUAAGUUAUUCAUCACUUUGGAAGAACAUUAGUUGGGUUAUUUUCUUCAUCACUUUGGAAGAUAAUUAGUUGGAUUAUUUUAUUCAUCACUUUGGGAGAACAUUAGUGGGAUUAUUUUAUUCAUCCAUAAGAGAAAUGUGAGCAAAUGUCCUCCUCCUAAUUUGUUUUAUGGUCCUCAUGAAUACUGCUUCAUGCCCUUUUUAUUAGACAUGUUGAAUAUCAUUUAUUUGUAUUAGACAUGUUGAAUAUCAUUUAUUUGUAUUAGACAUGUUGAAUAUCAUUUAUUUGUAGUAGAAAUGUUGAAUAUCAUUUAUUUGUAUUAGACAUGUUUAAUAUCAUUUAUUUGUAUUAGACAUGUUGAAUAUCAUUUAUUUGUAUUAUAAAUGUUGAAUAUCAUUUAUUGUAAUGUUACAUGCUGGACUUUGACAUCAUUGUUAAGAUCCUCAUCGUUUGUGUCCUUCUUGCAGGGCUCCAGUCCUGUCCCCCAUGAUGGUUUUUAUUAUGAUUAUUGUUUUUAUUGUUUCAUACCUGAUUGUUGUUUUUAUUGCUUCACACCUGAUUAUUGUUUUUAUUGUUUCAUACCUGAUUAUUGUUUUUGUUGUUUCGUACCUGAUUUUUUUUUUUAUUGCUUCAUACCUGAUUAUUGUUUUUAUUGUUUCAUACCCGAUUAUUGUUUUUAUUGCUUCAUACCUGAUUAUUGUUUUUAUUGCUUCAUACUUGAUUAUUGUUUUUAUUGCUUCACACCUGGUUAUUGUUUUUAUUGCUUCAUACCCAAUUAUUGUAUUUAUUGCUUCAUACCUGAUUAUUGUUUUUAUUGCUUCAUACCUGUGUAUUGUUUUUAUUGCUUCAUACCUGAUUAUUGUUUUUAUUGCUUCAUACCUGAUAAUUUUUUUUAUUGUUUCACACCUGAUUAUUGUUUUUAUUGCUUCAUACCCGAUUAUUGUUUUUAUUGCUUCACACCUGAUUAUUAUUUAUUGCUUCAUACCUGAUUAUUGUUUUUAUUGCUUAACACCUGAUUAUUGUUUGUAUUGCUUUCUACCUGAUUAUUGUUUUUAUUGCUUCAUACCUGAUUAUUGUUUUUAUUGCUUCAUACCUGAUUACUAUUUUUAUUGCUUCACACCUGAUUAUUGAUUUUAUUGCUUCAUACCUUGUGUUACCUUCGAUGAACCAGGGAUAUACCUACUGAUUAACCUACUCAGUGGCCUAGUGGUUAGAGUAUUCGCCCUGAGAUCGGUAGGUUGUGAGUUCAAACCCCAGCCGAGUCAUACCAAAGACUGUAAAAAUGGGACCUAUUACCUCCCUGCUUGGCACUCAGCAUCAAGGGUUGGAAUUGGGGGCUAAAUCACCAAAAAUGAUUCCCGGGCGCGGCUACUGCUGCUGCCCACUGCUCCCCUCACCUCCCAGGGGGUGAU